AUGCUGGAGAUGUUGCCGUGUGAGAUUCUGAUGCUGAUCGCGGACUGGCUGCCACCCGCCCACCUGCGCGCUCUCAGCCGAGUCUCGUCGAGAUUAUAUUCAGUUUUGGUUCCUCACAUCUACCGUACCAUUGCAUUCCACGCAGCAAGUGAGUGGGCGCUGAACGUUUUGGAUAUCGACUCCUUCUUUCUCCACCUCGGUCAAUCCCGGUCCGUGGGCUAUCUUCAGCACGUGAGGAACCUGUAA